AUGGCCGGCGGCGCAGCUAAAUACCGCCAUUUGAGUCGCAAGUCGUCUCACCGACAGGCCCUUCUUCGAAACCUCGUCACCUCUCUCAUCAAGCACGAAUCCAUCACAACCACAUGGCCCAAGGCCAAAGAAGCGCAGCGCCUUGCCGAGAAGCUCAUUACGCUGGGCAAGAAGAACACGGAGCAGAGCCGGCGAAGCGCUAUAUCGAUAUUCUUUACCCCCCACGCACUCAUCCCUAAACUCUUCGGUCCUCUUCGAGAACGCUACGCCAGCAGACCCGGCGGUUACACACGAGUCCUCCGCGUGGAGCCCAAAAAGGACGACCAAGCCCCCAGCGCCAUCCUGGAACUCGUCGACGGACCCAAAGACAUGAAAUUCUCCUUGACGGCACGAAGACUCGCCCGACAACGAGACCACGGCAUUUACACCCUGACCGAGUUGGAUCAGCUAAACUCAGUAAAAGCCACCAAGUUCCGGGAAGGCGGUGUCGCGUUGCUGGAGGCCGCUAUUGAAAAGGUUCGACUGGAGACGGCGGAGGAAAAGAAGGGAGAGAAGAAAAGUGUAGAGGAGCCAGAGGCGAGAGAGGCGGCGAAGAAGAGUGAGAAGAGCGACCAAUGA